CUACGUGCGCGGCGGGGAGUCGGAGGUCGGGACUCAAAGCAAUGGCUCCAGCCACCCUAGCUUAGCCCAGCCCAGCGGCCCGGCACACAGGAGGCUUUCAGCCGUCAUUGAUGAAUGAUGAGCGAAUGAAAUGAGAGCGGCUUGAGUUCUUUCAUUCGCCCACCAGACGUUUAUUGGGAUCCUGCAGUUUGCUAGGCCUCAGGCCAGUAAGCUGAACCUCAGAGCCUCGGCGUCUGGCCGGACAAAUGGGCCAUGGGAGUACCUGACAGGCUUCCACAAGCGGAAGGUGGAACGAAAGAAGGCAGCCAUUGAGGAGAUUAAGCAUCGGCUGAAGAAGGAACAGAAGAAGCUCCGGGAGGAGCGCCACCAGGAAUACUUGAAGAUGCUGGCAGAGAGAGAGGAGGCACUGGAGGAGGCAGAUGAGCUGGACCGGCUGGUGACAGCAAGAACAGAGUCGGUGCAGUACGACCACCCCAAUCACACAGUCACCGUGACCACCAUCAGCAACCUGGAUCUCUCAGGAGCCCGGCUGCUCGGACUGCCGCCGCCUGAUGUGGGUCCCAGUCCAGCAGGGAGCCAGGGAUGGGUCCCAGGAGGAGGCAUCAUCCAUGGAGAAGCCAAUCAGAGCCUUACCCAAGAAGUCCAGAGACCCCCUGCUCUCUCAGCGGAUCUCCUCCCUCACAGCAUCGCUGCAUGCACACAGCCGCAAAAAGGUCAAGAGGAAACAUCCCCAUCGGGCCCAGGACUCCACGAAGAAGCCCCCAAUUGCCACUCGUACCAGCAAGACCCAGCGACGCCGACUGACUGGCAAAGCCCGGCACAGUGGGGAAUGAGCCCUGAGAGCCAAGUAGUGACCCAGCUACGCUGCAGGGAUCUGUCCUGUGUCAACUUGGCUGUCCCUGUAAGCCAGCCUGCCCAGACUCCAGAACCCAAGGUUGGGAGGCCACGACCUCUCUGCCUGGGGCUGCCCUUGCCUAAGGACUGUCCUGGGGUUUGAACCCUAGAAGAAGCAGACAGCUGGGAGCUAGCCUCCCCCAGGAGGAGCCUUCAGAGCCAGGUUGGGACAUCUUCCCAAAUGUAUACUCCAUCGGAUUUUUGAGACUCGUGAUUUGUAUACUUGGGGUUUGUUUGUCCCUGACCCGAUACCAUGCUCCAAGGGUAGGCAGAAAUGGUCAAGGGUAGUUGUUCCAUCCUCAGUCUCCAGCAAUUUUCUCUGUGAGUACAAUAAGGUGGUGUUAGAUCUGGUUCUUCUAACCAGGAUUAAAGACCACUGUGUCCGUUGGUAGAAUCCAGAGUCCACCUGCUGCUCUGACAAAUGGGAAACUAUGGCAGGGUGGGUGAACAGUGCCAGGCUCUGCCCUCAAAUGCCUGAGAUUUUGACCUGUCCCUUCUCCUGGCCUCAUCAGUCUCCUCAGCUGAAAUUGAAGCGGUGGUAGCAGUUGAGUCCUAGAGUAUUUCCCACCCCCAAACUUGGACAGCUUCCAGCGACUCCCAGAUGGGGCACAACAAGGAAAGAUUAAUUAAGCCUCAGUUUUUAAAGAAAAUGCAUUUUGACUCACAUGAAGGUGUGACCUUUUCAGAGCAGACCCCACGGGGAGGCCUGCUGGUGUUCCACAGGGGCUGCCAUUUCUUCAUGUUCCUUCCAGAUAUUCAGCUGUGGCUUCAGAGCUGAUGAAAACCAGCCUUGUCCCUUCCUUGUCCCAGCGUGGAGUCCUGGGGCAAGAGCUGAGGAAUUUUGGGUUGUGCCCUGGUUAGGAGAGCCAAGUUGGGCCCUAAACAGUAGGGCUGCGAAGGGGGAGUAAGCUGUGCUCUCAGCUCCAGGUGACGCUCGUGGACUAGUCAGAGAGGGUGACAGGACAGUGAGUGUGCUGGGGACGAAGUGGCCCCUGGGAGCAGGGCUGCAGGCUCUACCCGCCCUGGCAUGUGGGUAAUCCUGGAGGAGGGGAGCAGUGAGUGGGGCGUGCAGGAGCAGCCAUGCCUCGCUGUGGGGCAGGCGCAGGAACCGUGGCUCUGUUCAGCUGCGCCUGGUGGGGGACAGGCUCUCUCCAUCCUCUGGUGACGGUUGGUGCCUGUCUGAAAGCCAUACUGGGGGUGGGAACACACAGAGCGUGUGGCUGGGAGGCCCCUCGCCCUGGCCUCUCAGCUAUUCUACCUGCUCUCCCUACUGCCUUCCCGUUGCCCUCCCCUGUGCUUGGGGUCUACUUUGCUACCUCUGUGCCUGGGCAGAGAGUGGCACCUGUUACUGGGCUCUCCAGGUGGUCCUGGUGCUCAGGACCACUGUGAACAAAAAUAGCCAAGCCCCGGGGCUUAGUGCACACAGCAGGGCUUGAGUUUGUUUUUUUGUUUGUUUGUUUAAUUGAAUCAAAAUUGAUUAUACAUAUUUUGGGGGUUCAACAUUGAGAUAUGUUGAUCAAAUCAAUAUUACAAACAUAUAUAUUGUUACAAGUCGUAAUUAUUCUUUAUGCCCCUUGUCCAAUCCCUCCCCCUUUCCCUCUCCC